CGUUGUCUGCCCAGUUAAACAAUCUUCUCUUCGGUUGUGUGUCUCGAUUCUUCCACGUGGAACAAGUGCGUCUGUGCGUGCGUCUGACAGUGAGUGCGAUGAUGAUGGUGCGCGCCACCAUUGGCCGGUUGGUCGGAUUGGUGAUGGUGACGGUGGUGGUCGUCCGGGCUCAGCAAUCCGCGCCAUUCGGCGUUCCGUCAACGCUGGCCAGCAUCGUCGGUGGUUUACUGCCACGGAAUGAUACGCUCUGUGACCUGCAGCUCACUGCGCUGCGUGCGGGCCUGCAGGCCAAGGAGCUGUGGUCCCUGGAGUUCGGUGACGCCUGGGGUAAGUGGCCAGCCGGUGUGCUGGCGGGCAAUUUCUACGAGCUCGGCCACUAUGAUCAGUGUGUGGGAUUGCGCCAUACCGCUAGCGGCCCGGUUGGUACGAUCGAGGGUCGCUACUGCCUCUUGACCGUACCGCUCGAUCGCAUCCUGCCAAAACCGCAGCUACAGCAGCACCAACAGCGUAUCAUGCCGGGUACGUCGGCCGGUGUAUGGGCGGUACAUCUCGGUGCCUGCCUGCCUGCCACCUGUACCGCCGACUAUAUCCUCCAGCGGCUCAGCACUAGCGCGGUGACGUUGCCGGUGAGCGGGCUGGUAUGCAACUCCACCGUACCACCGCUCGGUACCUCGCAGUUCAUCACGAUCGGGCUGUUCGCCGGGAUAGGGCUGCUGGUCCUCGCCAGUACCGUUUAUGAUGUGUUGAUACGCUGGGUGGGGGUCGCGCCUGCUCACACCAGCCUCACCAUCUGCUCACUGUACACUAACGCCCGCAAGCUGCUGGCAACGAGCGGGCCCCGGCCCGGCCACGAUCCAUCCAGCAAGUCCAGCACAAUCGACUGCAUCCACGGGAUCCGGGUGCUGUCGAUGGUUUGGGUAGUGUUCAGCCACAAUUACGUCCGGAUCGGCAUGGUACCGCUCCUCAACUCACCCGUCAUUCUUACGUGGCUCCGUUCGUACCACAGUAUGCUGGUGGUGGCGUCGACCGUCUCGGUCGACACGUUCUUCCUGCUGAGCGGCCUGCUGACCUGCUGGAGCAUCCUGAAUGCGCUCGAUCGGCACGGUGGCCGGUUGAACCUGCCGGUGAUGUACGCCCAUCGGUACCUCCGGCUGACACCCGCACUAGCCGCGCUCGUCCUCUACACGGCCACCCUGAUGCGGUACAGCGGAUCCGGGCCGUUUUGGGAUGGCGCGAUGACGCUGAUGGCGGACAACUGCCGCGACUACUGGUGGUCGACGCUACUGUACGUGCAAAACUACGUUAACCCGGGCGAACUGUGCCUCGGCCACUCCUGGUACCUGUCGGUCGAUAUGCAGCUCUACCUCGCCGCACCGUUUCUCGUCUAUCCGCUGUGGCGCUGGGGUCGCCGGGUGCUGCUGCUCCUAGCGGCCCUCCUGCUCACCUCGAUGGUCACCGUGUUCGUGCUGUUUAUUGCGUACGAUCUACGGCUCUCGUUUCUGGCGGUCGAUGGGGAGCGUGUCCGGCAUCGCUACACCUACUACCCGACGCACACGCGCAUGGGCGCCUGGUUGGUGGGGCUCGGCUACGGUUACGCACUCCAGCGCACCCGGAAGUACCGUGUGCGGCUUGCGGCGUGGCUCGUCGGUGCCGGUUGGUUCGCGGCCGCCACCACCAUGCUUGUCAUUCUGCUGUCCGCCUAUCCGCUGCACCAGCCCGGCUACGAGCAGCUACCGGUGGUGGCGGACGCGACGUACGAGGCACUGAAUCGCGUCGCCUGGGCCACCGCCAUCGGUUGGAUCAUCUUCGCCUGUGUCAACGGGUACGGCGGUGCGAUCGAUCGGUUUCUCGGCGCACCGCUCUGGCAACCGCUCGGCCGUCUCUCGUACGCGAUCUAUCUGCUGCAUCUGCCGGUCCAGCUGAUGAUGGCCGGCAGUAUUCGGCAACCGUACUACUUUACCGAUCUGCUCGCUACCUACCAGUUCUGGGGUGACCUCGGAUUCACCUGCACGCUCGCCCUCCUUUGGGUGCUCCUGUUCGAGUCGCCCAUCAUCGGGCUCGAGCGGAUACUGUUCCGAUCGCGUGCCGGCCGCGACGGUAACGAUGAUCGUGCUGACCAUAGUCGGAGUGUCGCCGACGUCACCGCCGUACCGGCCGGCAAGGAACAGCUAGCUAACAUCAAGCUGCACCGCUCCCUGACGCUACAAACUGCGCGACUCUAGUGCUUCGUGAAAUGUAAUAUAAAUAUGUAGAUGUAAAGAUGUAUAUGGACAUAACAAAUGGAUAUAACAACAAACGGGAGACGGUGGGGGGGGUGUUUCAUUUUGUUUAACUCUUACUUUUAAUGCACAAACAUUACAACGGCUAUUUAUAUAGUAACAAUAAUAAUGAUGAUCCAGCAAAUGAUCGAUCGAAUGA